GGUACUGUCAUCAUAUGAUAAGAAUGGAGAAAGCAUUAAAUUACAAAUUUGAAGAUCAACCAGUCAACUGGAAUACAAGAGAUUUAUUGUUAUAUGCCGUUGGAAUUGGCGCCAAAGCUGGCGAUAUAGGACAAAUAUAUGAGAACGAUGAAAAUUUCAAUGCAUUCCCUACAUACCCCGUAGUUCUCAACUUCAAAGGUGACAGUAACGACGUCGUAGAUUUUGUUGAAUUCGCUUCAAAAUCCGGUGGGAGUGUACCUGGAUUACCUGAUAUGGAUCCAACAAGAAUAUUACAUGGCGCACAAUAUUGUGAACUUAUCAAACCACUCCCGGUUAACAGUACAGACAGAAAUUUCCACAUAAAGAAGCGCAUCGUUGGCGUGAAUGAAAAUCCGAAAGGAAUCGUCGUCGACACAGAAUCUGUCUUGGUUGAUGGAAAAGGCGAAGCAUAUGCUAGAAUGUUUUCAUCAACUUUCAACGUCGGUGCCAAAGCAACCGGUAAACAAUUCUCGAAAGCAAUCGCUGUUUCACCGCAAGCCAAACCAAAACCAGAGCGUGCAGCAGAUCAUGUCGUUAGCGAUUUAACAACAGAAGAACAAGCAAUUGUUUACAGGUUAUCAGGUGAUUAUAAUCCUUUACACGUCGACCCAUCUAUGGCUAAAAUGGCUGGAUUUAAGAAGCCGAUUUUACAUGGUUUAGCCACCUUCGGUAUAGCUGCUCGAGCAUUAGUCGGUGCAGUUGGCGAUGGUGACCAACUUUCAAUCGAAGCUAUCGGCUGUAGAUUCACAUCACCAGUCAUUCCAGGUGAUAAACUCAGCACGCAUAUUUGGAAAGUAAGCGACGAAGAAUGUGUAUUCGAGAUGAAGAACGAAACACAGAAUGGGAAGACAGUACUUGGUAAAGGUUACGCCAAGCUACGCAAACCACGCCAUUCCAAACUCUAAAUUGCUAUGAUGAUGAUUGUAAAAAUAAGCUGUAUACUUUCUUGUAGUCGAAAUUAAGACAAAGAAGGCAUGUAUUUACAUAUAAGAAGUAAUUAAAAGUGU